AGGAAUAUCCAGGGGAAACGUCGAUUCGUGACUUAUCAACUGGUGACCGAAUAAAAGAAAGGAAAGGAAAGGAACGCAAAAGUACAGAAUGGCAUCAUCAACAGGCGAGUCGUCCGGUCCUACAGCGGGAAAUCCGGUUGCAGAACAGUCUCGCCCUACAAAUGCCAACAAGUCAUCCUUUCCCUUGUCACAAAACAACAUGGACACCCCACUCCACGAAAGCCUGUACGCCCAAGGCUACGAAAUGCGCAAGAAAGUCGUGGGAGAGGAUUACGUAGCGAAGGCACUGGAGAAUGGGAGCGGUGACUUCAUGAGGCCGUUGCAACAGUUUGCUACUGAGAGUGCCUGGGGAACGAUUUGGACUCGUCCCGGAUUGUCGUUGAGGGAUAGAAGUCUAUUGAAUCUAGUAAUGCUAACAGCGUUGGGGAAGUGGAUUGAGCUUGGGACACAUGUUAGAGGGGCUAUGAGGAAUGGGGCGACUGAAGUUGAGAUUAGGGAGGCUUUGCUGCAGGCUAGUGCAUAUUGUGGAAUGCCAGCUGGUAUGGAAGCAUUCAGAGUGGCGGAUAGGGUUUUGAACGAGAUGCAGGAGAAGGGAGAGAUGGUUCGUGGAUAAGCUGCGAGGUAGCAUUGACCAGAUUCUUUGCUUUUCUGCUAAGCAGAGAACUUUCCACAAUAAUUGCAAACACUGCAUAGAAUGGAUGCAAUAUGUAAACCGGAUUUGAAUGAAAUAGCAUCACAGUCCUCAGAAAUGCAAAUAGACAUGAGAGUUACGAC